AUGUCCAAGAUGUGGGAAGUUGACCCGGAGACGAGGGCCAAGAUCUCCAAGACGAAUGGCAAUGAUCGCUGCUGCGAUUGCGGCGCGCCUUCGCCUCAAUGGGCAUCCCCCAAGUUUGGCACGUUCAUCUGUCUGAACUGCGCGGGCACCCACCGUGGGCUGGGCGUGCACAUCUCUUUCGUCCGGUCCAUUACCAUGGACGCCUUCAAGACGUCUGAGCUGAAGCGGAUGGAGCAUGGUGGAAACGACACGUGGAAGACCUUUUACGACGAGCACCCGAUCACCAUCUCCGAAGGCAGGACGUUCGAGGACUCGACCAUCAAGGAGCGAUACGACGGCGAGGUCGGGGAGGAGUACAAAGAGCGGCUGACGGCCAAGGUCGAGGGGAGGGAAUACGUACCCGGAGAAAGGAAAAAGAAGCAGCCGACGAAUCACGCCUCGAGCGAGUCGUAUUCCUCCCGAUCGAGCACCCCGCUGCAGGGGGGCAGAGCAUCGCCCGCCGCCACCGGCGGUCUGGACGGCAGUGCCGCGAGUCGAAAGGAACGCAAUGAGGCGUAUUUCGCGAAACUGGGCAGCGAGAACGCGGCACGACGCGAGGAUCUGCCUCCAUCGCAAGGCGGGAAGUACACAGGGUUCGGAGGCGGGAUGCCCGUGUCCAGCGGGCCUGCUCGCAGCCAGAAUGGCGGUGCUCUGAGCGGAGUGCCGGGACUGGACGACUUCCAGAAGGACCCUGUGGGAGCAUUGACGAAGGGGUUGGGCUGGUUCACCUCGGCCGUGGGGAAGGGGGCCAAGACGGUCAACGAGACGUACAUACAACCUACAGCCAAGUCGCUCGCAGAAACCGACUUUGCAGCCCAGGCGCGACAAACCGCCGUUCAGCUCGGCCAGAACCUGCAGACGAGCGCUCGCGGUGCCGCCGAGUCGUUGAACCGGUUCGUCGAGGGCGCGGACGAGAGAGCUGCAGCCGUCGCCGCCCGACGGCGCGGCUUCGAACCCGAACGCAAGGAAUUCUGGGACAACUUUGCCUCGCUAGGCGCAGGGGGAGGAGGGCGACAAGAGCGGCCCGCGUCUGGCGCUCUCGGGACGACAGCGAUGAAGAAGUCGCCUUCUCCUUUCUCGUCAUCAUCGGCAGCAUCAUCGACAGCAACAGCCGCCACACCCGCGGCGACGGGGCUAACGAAGACGACGACAACAAAUAAAGGGAAUAAUAAUGACGAAUGGAGCGAUGAUUGGUAG